AGCAGGCCAGGGGAACUGUGUGCGACGUGUGCUGUUGGAGCCGGCCUUCAAGAGAGUUAGAUCGGGGGCUGCUCGCGCGCGCUACAACAACCGCCCCUCCCCCGGCUCUUGGUAGUUCAGCCGGCUCCCCUCCCUGCGGUGCCUCCCCCCCGGUCCUCCCCCCCCCCGGGGCUCCGUCCUCCUUCCCUCGUGUGCUGUCAUCCCUUCCCCCCUUGGCCAUGGCUUCCACGUCCUCUGCAGGUUCCAACUGGGGCCUGAUCAUGAACAUCGUGAACAGCAUUGUGGGGGUCAGCGUGCUAACUAUGCCCUUCUGCUUUCGACAGUGUGGCAUCUUUUUGGGAGCCCUGCUGCUUGUUUUCUGCUCCUGGAUGACUCAUCAAUCCUGUAUGUUCCUAGUGAAAUCAGCCAAUCAAAGCAAACGCAGGACCUAUCCUGGGCUAGCCUUCCAUGCCUAUGGAAAAGCUGGGAAGAUGCUGGUGGAAACCAGUAUGAUUGGACUGAUGCUGGGAACCUGCAUUGCUUUCUACGUUGUUAUUGGUGACUUGGGAUCAAAUUUUUUUGCCCGGUUAUUUGGAGUUGAGGUGAAUGGCAUCUUCCGGGUAGUCCUGCUGGUGAUUGUCUCCCUCUGCAUUGUGCUUCCGCUGAGCCUCCAGAGGAACAUGAUGGCUUCCAUACAGUCUUUCAGUGCCAUGGCUCUGAUCUUUUACACCGUGUUUAUGUUUGUGAUCGUGCUCAGUUCUUUCAGACAUGGCCUGUUUGGCGGGCAGUGGUUGCAGCGGGUCAGUUACACACGCUGGGAGGGCAUUUUUCGCUGCAUUCCUAUCUUUGGCAUGUCUUUUGCCUGUCAAUCCCAGGUCUUGCCAACCUACGAUAGCCUGGAUGAGCCGUCUGUUAAAAUCAUGAGCUCCAUAUUUGCCUCCUCGCUAAAUGUGGUCACCACCUUUUACAUUAUGGUGGGGUUCUUUGGCUACGUGAGCCACACUGAAGAAAUUGCUGGGAAUGUGCUGAUGAACUUCCCAUCCAAUCCAGUGACGGAGAUGAUACGUGUGGGGUUCAUGAUGUCUGUAGCGGUUGGAUUUCCGAUGAUGAUUCUGCCAUGCCGGCAGGCAUUAAAUACCCUUCUUUUUGAGCAGCAGCAAAAAGACGGGACAUUUGCUGCAGGAGGUUAUAUGCCACCUCUGCGCUUUAAAGCACUGACAUUGGCUGUUGUAUUUGGAACCAUGCUCGGGGGCAUCAUGAUCCCAAACGUGGAGACCAUUUUGGGCCUAACAGGUGCGACGAUGGGAAGCCUCAUUUGUUUUAUCUGCCCAGCUCUUAUUUACAAGAAACUCCACAAGAAUGCCCUUUGCUCACAGAUCAUAUUAUGGAUCGGUUUGGGCGUACUGGUCAUUAGCACCUACACUACCCUAUCUGCAGUGGAAGAUACCCCAACAAAAAUAGCAGCUGUGGAACCAGGCAAGCUGCCGGAAGGGAUGAAGGACAUACCAGAUCCAGAUUCUUUCAAAGUCCCAGACCAGAACCUACCAGUGGAAAAAUUGGGUGAUGACCGUGACAAACCCAAGCCAGAGAACGAGAAAGAAGACAUGGAACAGCCACAGAUCAGGGUCCCCAUUGAUGUCCCCAAGAGAGAUGAGAAGGAGAAACCGAAGGAGGAGGUGCAGCUAGACCGGCCUGAUCAAGGCAUUGCCCUCCCUGUAGGAGAAGCACACCGCCACGAGCCACCUGUGCCUCAUGAUGCGGUGGUGGUGGACGAAGGUCAGGACCGCGAGGAGCCUGAAGAGGAGAAGCAGCCACCGGCCAAGAAGGAUGUCCUGGGGGAGGGGAAACCUGUGCCAGAGAAGGAACAGGCGCAGCCUCAGCCUGUUCCUGAGCAAGCAAAAGAAGACGGUGCCCAGGAGAAGGCGAAGGACCAUCCCAUCAAAGACCCCAAGCCUGUGCCGGAGGUGGCUGCACGUGAGGAUGAGCGGCCCCCUUACAAAGACCUGGAACUGGACAGCCAGGAUGAGAGGAGAGAGAAGGCUGUGGGUGAGAAGGACAGUGCCAAAGAAGGAGUCAAAUCUGUGGAGAAUGAGAAAGAACGUCGCGAAAAGGAAGAGCCGCUGCCGCCAGAGCAACCAGAACCCGCCCAAGCUGAGCAGAGGGAGAUCCGGAACGUGGAAGAGAAUUCAGACAGCAAGCUGGAGGAAGCUGGCAAAGAGAAGCUGCUUGACCACGAAGUCCUGCUGCAAGUGAUUAAGGAACAGCAGGUGCAGCAGAAGCAGCUCUUGGACCAGCAAGCCAAGCUGCUGGCCGUGAUUGAGGAGCAGCACAAGGAGAUCCACCAGCAGAGACAGGAAGAGGGAGGAGAGGAAAAGCCAAAGCCAGAAACUCACGAGGAACCUGACCUGCCUCUUUCCAAGAACAAGGCGAGAGAGGAAGGCCUUGCAAGUAAAAUUGAAGAUGCAGCAAAGGAUACACCUAAUGAGGGUCAUUCUUUGCAUGGGCUCAAUCACCAACUCCUGGACUCAGAAGGACAGGGAAGGCAGCAGGCCGCAGGUCCAGAAGGUGAGCUGAAGCAUGUACACAAAUUAACAAGAGCUCCGCCUAAAAAUCCAGCAUCCCUAAAUGUCGGUGAAAAUAUCGCACAGCACCAAGCAGGGAAAAAUUCAGCAGAGAAGCUAGUAGAACCAGUCAGAAGUGAUUCGCAGAUAGCAGGGGCUGAUGGAGAACGUCAAGAGAAGCAGAAAGAAAACCACGAUGCUCAGUUGGCCCAAGACGCUCAGGAGAAAAUGAAGAAUGUGCACAAAAAAGAUGAGAUUGGGGGAAAGGUUGGAGGCCAGAAAGAGAUGCUUGGUGAAGCUAAAGUCCAUGUUGGGAAGAUUGCUCAGAGAGUCCCUGAAAGAGAACAGCUUGCCAGAGUUAAUCAAGAGGAGCUGAAGAAUCAAGAAAAGCAAGCAGAUCCUGCGUACAAGGCAAAGGUUGCUGAAAGUGUGCAACAGAUCCAGAAGAUCUCAGGAGCUGUGAUUGCUGACAAGACUGGGGAGAAACAGACCACUUUAGGCCAGGCUGAUGGACUGCAAGGCCAGGGAGGCAGUAGCAAAGGCAGGGCAGCCGGGAAAUUCCACAUUCCACAGACAAAUCAAGCCGGUGAAUUCAAGCUAGGUGCCGAAAGCGAGCCCAAAAACCCGGGCAAGUUGCCUGAGUCUGAAGGCGACCAUAUCUUCAAGACAGAGGUGAUUGCUGCUCCCAGGGAGCAUGGAAAUGUGAAACCUAACCGAGACCUGAAGCUGAAGGAAGAUCUGGAUUUGCGCCGCAGGAGACGAGACCUGGAGGAAGAGGAGGAAGAGAAAGGGAGGGUGAUCAUUGGACUUAACCCCCUCCCAGACGUGAGAGUCAACGACUUGCGCAGUGCGCUGGAGACUCAGUUAAAUCAGGUGGCAGAAGGUGCCCAGCCAGCACUUCACAGUCGACAAAUAAAACAGAUGCCGGUGGCAGAAGAAGAGGUGUGAGAUCAGGACUUCAUACUAUUGACCAGGUGUUGGAGGCUGGUGGCUACUUUGGGAUGUCUGUUACUGAGCUAAUGGCAAUUGAGUGUGUAACUGCCGGCAGUCUGAAUCAGUUGAGUCUGCAAGAACUGAGCUCUGAAGACUGAGCAAAUGUUGACCUGUGGGUGCGCCAGAGGGAAAGGAAUUUUGCUGCUGCCAGCCAGUUUCAUAUUCCAAUACUGUAACGCCCAGUCUCUUCAAUGUGCUGGUGGUGAAUCAGCAGAAACCAGGAUCAUCAACCCUCUGGGUUUAAAUGAAUAUUUGUCACCUUUCCAAAGAAGCAUUUGAAUUCAGUGCUUGCUCAGUUGCCUUUAACGAUAUGCUUUAAUUUCCGUGUUUUAAACUUGAAUCUAGUUUCACGUUGGCAAUUUGGAAACUUUCCGUGCCUGUAUAUGUGUGUUUGUUGCUCAAAUUAAUUUUCUAGGUUCACCCGUUUAGGGCACAGUUGUCCUGCUUUGGAAUUGAUAUCCCAAAAGUGAAAGAAGUUUUAAAGGGUCUAAAAUGAGAAGAUAAUCCAUUGGUCCUGGGUAAAAUUCUUAGGAAUUUAGGGUUCAUUAGUAUUGGAUUAAUCUUUAAACACGUUUAUAAGUUGCAGUUCAGAUUUUUUCCCCAGUUACUUCAUUAAUUAGCAAUAAUAAAGAGGUCACUCAUUCUGCCUUAGCUGUUAAAUCUAAGGCUUUUGUUUUUAAAACAUCUCUAUCUCAAGUGCAUUAUCGGAUUUCAUACUGUGUGUGAAAUGGAAGUCACUUGCUGUGAGAGGAAAUAGUGAUAAAUUGAAAUGAAGGAGGCAUUAUCAAGGUUUGUAUCUACCUCUUUCCUCCAUUUUGUGAGAACAUGCAGUGUUUAGAGUUCUCGCUGCCUGCUCUCCUAGUUCUUCAGUCAUUUGUAUGAGAUUUGGUACUGUUGAUUUUGGAGUCUCAGCAUCUGCAGUUGAGAAAGGAGGUCUGCUUCAGGUGUGCAGGUAAGAAUCCUGGCUUUUGCUGUAACAAACAAUAUGAUAGCACAGAGACUUCCCUUUGGUCUUGAAUGCACCCAGCAGCCAGUGGUAUCUGCCCAUCUAAUCCAGUUGUGAUUCUCCCAAGUUACAAACCUGAUGAAACUUGGCAACAUGGGAGCAUUUUGUUACAAACAAGCUAAAAAGCCUUGAUGUCUCUUAUCUCAUAUUGGUCUGUUGUUCUAGAAUAAGCAGGAGUCCAGGAAAUACUGGUGAGGACAUUGCCUCUAAGACAGUUGCCUUCCAGGUUCUUGCACUGUUGAUCCUGACAAAUUGAAUUGAACUGGAUGCUGUCUUUUCCCAUGCCUUGUCCAGCAAAGUGUGUUCAGUGUAAUUCCAUUAGAGGACACAGAGAAACGCGACUGGUUCCUCUCGCGUGCUCUGAGGGCUGUCUGCCUUGUCAUAAACGUGAUCAUCAUUACAGCCUUAAUCUUCAGGAGUCUCACCGAGUGGCGCUGCUUAAAGCACAAUUAACCAGAGCCGGGAUUACUAUCUCUUCAGUUUUUUUCUAAAGAGGAAGGAAUUAUAUGUAAAUGUGAUUUCUGUUUCAGGGAUCUAGGGUUUUGUGUGUGUGCUUGAGUUUUUGGUUUUUUUGGUAUUAAAAGCCAGGCGCGUUUUAUUAGUAUGCAGUGACUAUGGAGGUAUCAGCCAAGUGCUGUCCUGUCAACCAAGACCAAGAAUGGUAUGAGUGUGUGCCGUGUCUGCAAGCAAAAGGACCAAAGAUAAUUCUGACAUGCCUCCGUAGAGCAACUGAAUUUUAAACAAACUGUCUUCAAGCAACAAAGGGGAGGGGGAGGAAAGAAAGGGGGCUGGGGACUUCAACUGGAAUUUCUCCUUUUCUGCCAUAGCACCAGUUCCAAUUUACCCUGUUUUACAAUGACAAGGGGGGGGGGGUGUAUAACCAAGCAGCACAAACCAAUAAAAUAAAUUCAAGCAUUUUUA